UAUACACUUUCGCACGUCCAAUUUUUUUAAUCCAAUUACUUGUCUUUCAGGGUAGAGCUCAGCGCAAUCAUCAUUUUGAUCAUUCGUAUAUCUGCAUAUAAAAUAACUAUUUAUAACCGACUCCUUCCUUCUGCCUCCCUUCGAUUCCUACGCUUCUGGGGUGUUUGUUUUCGAUAUUCAAACACCCAGAGAGUCUUCUUCCUCUGCACCAAGUUGCUCAUUCCGUCAACCAUUUAAUAUUUCCUGGUGGCGGAUCAGAAACUUGGUGGGUGCAAUUGCUUGUUCCGUCGUACUUUCUAAAUCAAGACUGCACAACUCAUUGAAGGAAAGCAGAGGGUUUUGGUUUCAUUAAAGAUGUUAGGAGAAUUCAUCACCAGAAUUUUAGUGUUGGUUCUAGGGUAUGCUUACCCUGCCUUUGAAUGUUUCAAAACUGUAGAGAAGAACAAAGUAGGGAUUGAAGAACUCCGAUUUUGGUGUCAAUACUGGAUACUGGUGGCGUUGGUCACAGUUUUGGAGAGAAUUGGUGAUAUAUUUGUAUCAUGGUUGCCCAUGUACGGGGAGAUGAAGUUGGCUCUGUUCAUCUACUUGUGGUAUCCAAAAACGAAGGGAUCUGGCUAUGUCUAUGAUACCAUAUUGAAGCCUUACAUGAUUAAGCACGAGACGGACAUUGACCGAAAUCUACUGGAGUUCAGGGCCAGAGCCUGGGACCUGCUGGUUUAUUAUUGGGAAAAUUGCACGCAGUUGGGGCAGACAACAUUCUUCCAAGCUCUUGAUUUCUUGGCUACUCAUGUUGGAAAGCUUCGACUGAGCAGCCCAGCGAAACCUCAAAAUCAAGAAACUCCCACCACUCCACCGGCCGCCCCUCCAAGUCCCAGCUCGCCGCAAUCAGCAGGUGGAAUAUUCCGGAGGCUCAAGCAGCCGUCCGACAAGAGGCGGCCGCCAGUCCCCCCGACAUCCCAAUUCAAAGCCCACCGCUCCGCCACCCAACCAACCGUAUCAGAGUCAGUACAUGUCAAUCUCCACGACCAAACACACUUCGUCCGAAGCGAGGGCCAGUCCGAGAUCGAUAUGGACAUGGAGACGGAAUCGGAUAACGGGUCAAGCCCAAAACAGGCCUCAGAACAGAAGGAGCCUAAUUUGGACCACCACUUACGUGUUGCCCGCCUCAAACUUAGACGCUCCAAAGGCUUCCAUUAGUCCUUAAA